UUGCAGAAUGAUGAAGACUGCUCGACUGCCGUCUUGCCAUCGUCGAACGCGACUGCAAAGGAGGGGCAAUCGCCAAAGGGCAAAACACCUGGCUCAACGUCCGAAAUGAGCACCGACCUUAUGAAGAGAAGCACUGUCGAAAGAACGUCGACAACAGACGGAGAUCUGAACAAAAAAGGUGAACAGAGUCCACAAGAGUAUUCCGCCAAGUCUCCUCAACCUAGCGAUGGAUGGGAUGAAGUGCUUGCUCAAGCUCCUCCUUUGGACAGUACGGGAAUGGAGCCACAACAAACUUCACCUCAUCGAUAUCGAUUCGUAGUCCCUAUGGUCGUACUAGCCGACAUUAAAGGCAAAAUAUACAGGCUCACUACACACUACACGAUUACGAACGAUGAGCCUACUCUCGAUUUUAAACCACUAACCAUUAGAUUCAACGGGCAGUUAUUGUGGGAAAGAUCUGCCAACCUUUCACAAAAGAUUGAUCUCGAUACGAUAACAAGUUGUUCGACCGGUCAAGGAACGUUCACAGGGCACAGUCCGAUAAACGUUGAGAAGAAAGGCCAGAACAAGUGA